UUUUGGAGCAGGUGUAUAUAUAUACAUUGAGGAACAAACAAUGUGUAUUCAUCCAUUGAAACGAGGAAAGAGCAACAAGAGUGAAAAAGAUAGUUAAAAUUAGCACAAAUAAGAGUGAAAAAUAUAAAAUACAUACCAAAAGAAUCAUGAGAUCUGUUGCUUUGUUGUUGGUUUCUUGCGUUCUUCUGUCUUUCAUUUUGGGACAUGUCAAAGAAGUGGAAGCUCAGAAGGAUAUAUUCUUGGGAGGAUGCGGCAAGGACGGAAACAAAACAUGCAUAGACGACUUUGUUAAGAAAGGAGCCAGUAAGCCUAAGAGUUGCGAGUGUGAUGACUUUGGCGACGAACAUUUAUGUCGAUGUAUCAUGUAAUGUUUCUUGCUAGUUUUUUCUUUUGAAUUUGUUGUAGUCCUACAAAUAUAAUUUACUAUGAAUAAUCUAAUACAUAAUAAGGAAACUGGUUUUAUUAUGAUAUGAAAUUCUGAAUUUUUUUCAAUGUUGGAAAAAUCAUAAAGAAGAUAGACUUGGAUUA